AAAUGCCAAGUAUCUACAGUGACACCGUGAAAGGGAGGGGGAGGACGAGAGCUGAACAGUGAGCAAUAGUUCACUGGAUGUGGGAUACAGAGUGGGAUCUGCAGCAGAACAAGAUCAGAUAGCUGAUAUACCAAGAAAGUGUGAUACUGUCGACUGCCCAUGACUCUGAAAUAAGCUGUGAGGGACAAAUUUUGUGAUUGGAUUGGACCCUAAAGGCCAUGUGAGUCCUACAGACAUUUAAUUUGGGAUAGCUGUGAUCAAGUCGUUGUGCUAUUUCAGUGGUUCAAAUUAUGACUUCAUUCUUCACUAAAGUCAUUUUCUAAUUUCUUGUCUGUUUUUGAUCAACUGGAUAUCAAUCGAGCAACAACUUUGGAGGACUGACAGAAGGAGCAAUUGUAAUGCUCUGCUUAUUGAGUGGAAAAAGAGACAUAUUUAAAGUAGGAGGCACAGACAUGAUGGUACUCUGUGGCCAUUUACUUUUCUGCCUCAGGAGGAUAGAGUGGUUCUACCCGUAACAAAAGAGAAGAUUUGAAGAAAGCCUGAGGAGAAGGAUGCAGCAGUUUGGCUAAAAGACCUGGGGGAAAAAGGAAAAUUGGAAAUCAAUAUUUAUUGGGAACACUUGCAUACAAGGAAAAUACUUUUGUGCCUCACUUCUCAAUUCCAGUUGACACUGACACUGUUUUGGGCGGAGCUGUGCACUUCCUCUGAGCCUGGUCAGUUUUGUAUGAUCCAAGCUGAUAGUGUGAAGCCACGUCGCUGUGCCCCACUGAGGCAUGAGUGUGGGAAGGGCCCACCACCACAGCUACGUGUCCUGUGAAGAAGACGGCCUGAGACUAAGUACCAUGCCUGCUGUGGGCAGCUUCGGCAAUGGCAAGAUUCACACAAGACGCAAAUACCACAGCCGGUUUGUCAGCAAGGCUGGACAAUGCAACAUCCACUUCUCAAACAUGGAUGAGAAGUCACAGCGAUACAUAUCUGACAUUUUCACCACGUGUGUGGACGUCCGCUGGCGAUACAUGUUCUUGCUAUUCAGCCUGGUGUUUGUGGUAUCCUGGCUAACAUUCGGCCUGUCAUACUGGGUCAUCGGCCUCCUACAUGGUGACAUGGAACAUCCUGAAAGGGAUGGCAACUUUGUUCCUUGUGUCAUGCAGGUUAACACCUUUGUGGCAGCUUUCCUGUUCUCUGUUGAGACCCAGACGACCAUUGGGUAUGGUGCUCGCUGUGUGACAGAGGAAUGCCCGGUUGCUGUCUUCAUGGUGGUCUUUCAGUCCAUCAUGGGCUGCAUCAUCGAUGCCUUCAUGAUUGGUGCCAUCAUGGCCAAGAUGGCAAGGCCCAAAAAACGUGCAGAGACUCUACUGUUCAGCCACAACGCAGUCAUCGCUUUGCGUGAUGGGAAACUGUGCUUCAUGUUUAGGGUUGCUAAUCUAAGGAAGAGCCACAUUGUGGAAGCUCAUGUACGAGCCCAGCUCGUCAAGCCCCGUUACACAGAGGAAGGCGAAUACAUCCCCUUGGAUCAGAUUGACAUGAACGUAGGUUAUGACAAUGGCACAGACCGCCUGUUUCUGGUUGCACCCCUCACUGUCAUACAUGAGAUUAAUGAAGAAAGCCCACUGUUUGGCAUCAGUAAACAAGAUCUUGAAACAUCUGACUUUGAGAUAGUAAUAAUACUUGAGGGGUUGGUGGAGGCCACAGCCAUGACGACGCAGGCGCGCAGCUCUUACCUGCCUUCAGAGAUCCUGUGGGGUCACCGCUUUGAACCCGUCAUCUUUGAGGAGAAGAGCCAGUACAGGAUAGAUUAUGCCUACUUUCACAAAACAUUUGAAGUACUAUCCACCCCCAGAUGCAGUGCCAAGGACAUGGAAGAGAGAAAAUUCCCAACAUCGGGCGCCAACUCUUUCUGCUAUGAGAACGAGCUGGCCUUCAUCAGCAGGGAUGAGGAGGAGGAGGGGGAUGUGGAGAAAAAGGAAGACAGAAAGUGUUCAACAGAGCUAGUGGAUGAACAGGUCAUUCCUGGACAUGAUCAAAUGUCUUCCCGUAAAGAAUCAGAGAUCUAACCUUUGGCUGUUGCUUGUUUGGUUUGUUUUUGGAUGCAGAGCAAUGAAAGCGUCGUGGGAAGAGCCCUAUGACUGUCAUUCUCCUGACAUGAGGAUACCAAUAAAGGUGGAUAAACAGCAGUAAUGAUCUCCAUCAGAAAAGCAAGGACAUUUCUCGUUGGAUUUACUCUUUUGCUUUCCCGAAAUUGUUAUGGAGCUUUAAUGCAAAAAAAAAUCAUGUCAUGUUUCAAUUUGCAGACGAAACAUAAAGUGCAUGACAAUAGCAUAGUUUUGUAUGAAUAUUUUGAGAAAUGUUUCAUAGUUUGCAACGAGUGUGGAGUGAAAUUGACACUUUGCAGAUGAUGUUUAGGAAACUAAACCUUGGGAAUAUUUCUCCAGAUUAAUUUGGUAAAAACAGAAGUGUAGAUUAACAGUGGAUUUUCCUCUUAAUGAUAUAACUUUUGUGAACAAUAAGACUAAAUAUUCUACAUUAUACAAUGUAAAUGGAUGGUAAGUUGGCAUACAUACUGAUAUACAUGCAUGCAUGUAGGCUAACUAUGGGGGCCACAUGACAAGGUAGAGUUUUAAAUAUUUCUAUCCCAAAAAGGGAAAAGACUCAUGUAUGCAUAUCUUUGUCUUAUAUAUUCAGCCAGAGGGAAACAUUUGACCUGAGUAGAUGUUAAAUAUGGAGUUUCUUUCUCAACAGUUGUUUUGAGUGUACGCUCAAAAACAAAUGUUUUUGAGCAUACACUGAGUGACUGAGCAUUUUUCCAAGCCCUGCUCCCCUUGGUGUUGCUACACCUGUGAAACUUUCCGUUCUUCCACAGCAACAUGCAAUAUAAAAUAAUAAGCAGAUUUAACGCUCAAAAGCAAAUAUUUUCAGAAACAAUGGGUCCUUGAUUUGAGGCAGUGGUAGACAAAAGCAGGCUUAUCAUUUUUUAGCAGACAACCGUUGAUUAUAUUUCACUCUCACUGGCUAAAGCUAGGCAGCCCACACAAAAACUGACUGCCUGUCUACUUCACAAUAUUUCAAAAGUGAGUUUUUCAAGAUAUGUCUCUUUAAAGUUUAAAGGCCAAAUCCAAAAAACAAAUAUUGACCAAAGCGAACCCCAGCACACAACACAAAAUACAGUACUGAGAAUAUCUCUUCAAGUGCUUGAAUAUCGAUAUAAAGUUUCUCACAUUUACAUGUUCUGUAAUCACUUGCAUUAAUAUAUAUAUAUAUAUAUAUAUAUAUAUAUAUAUAUAUAUAUAUAUAUAUAUAUAUAUAUAUAUUGUGUGACGUUUUAAUAAGCACUAACUCAGAUUUAGAUGCGUUAUAGUGUUAUCUUCACAUGAAUUAAAUGAAAAUGAGUUUGAAGAUUAUAUAACAAUAAUAAAAAAUAGUCUACCUGGAAAUCAGUGUAAACAAAUCAAUCCAUACCCUGGGGUAACAUUUGGCAUAUUAUAUUAAUGUGAAAACAAGCAGACAUGCAGGCAAUCAAGAAACAUUUAUUUAAUCGCGUUUUGCAGAGACAUGUGCUUCCUAGUUUAUAUAUUAUUUUUCUUAGUUCUUCUAAGAAAUAAUGCCAGAGGCAUUAUUCUCUUUCUUUCUCUUACUAUUAAUAGGGCAAGUAAUACAGACGUUAGGUCAGACAGUGUAGCACUGCUUCACUUAUCCCAGGUGAGAUUAAUUUGUUUUCCCUCCACAUUUCUCAAUCUAAUAGCUCCAUGUGGGUUAACUUACUACACCUGACUGCCAUUUCAGCAAAUUUCAGCACAUUUGUAUUUAUAUCUUGCUGACUUGUGCUGAAAAUAUCAGAAUGGGCUUGCUCCAGAAACAAAUUGUGGUUCCACUGCCAUUUAAACCAAGAGCAGAGCCAAGGACUUCCUGCAUGUAAAGUCAGAGGAAAGAUAGCUAAUUUGUACAUUAACAUACAGGCCAUUAUUGUAAAUAAAUAUUUAUUAUUUUUGGUUUUAUCAUCUUUCUGGCUGAAUAGACACUAAGUAUUAAAACAUUAUUAAAAAAUAAUCUGUGUUGUCAUACAUGUCUUAAUCAAAGCAAGAAACUGGAAAUACUCUCUUUGCUUGAUGGACUGAAAUAAUGUCUACUGAAUUGAACGACCUCUUCUUGUCUUCCACUAAAUGCAUUUGAAGCAAUCUGGACUCUCUGAGUUGUACUUUGUUUUCUUCUAACAAAGUUUUAGUUUGUUGUGUGAGACAACAAUAUAUAAAUUGACAGAAGAAGAAAAAUCUCCUGUUGAUUACCACAAUAAAAUAUAUCUCACAAAGCCAA